GGCCGCCGGCGUCAGCAUCCGUCGGCGGGCGGCGGUGGCGGGCGGCGCUGGAGCCGGCGGGCAGCGAUGGCCGGGCAGAUGGCGGUGCUGGGUUCAGCUAUUCUGGCUCUCUUGUUAGCUGGCUAUCUAGCACAGCAAUAUUUACCGAUGCCUACACCGAAAGUAAUUGGGAUUGACCUUGGCACGACUUACUGCUCUGUUGGUGUCUUUCUUCCUGGAACAGGGGAGGUGAAGGUUAUUGCAGAUGAAAAUGGGCACAACAGCAUACCAAGUAUAGUCUCUUUCACAGACAGUGAGGUGUAUGUAGGAUAUGAUGGCCUAGAACUGGCUGAUUCAAAUCCUCAGAACACCAUAUAUGAUGCAAAAAGAUUCAUUGGGAAAAUCUUCACUUCAGAAGAACUGAAAAAUGAAAGUAGCAGGUAUCCCUUUAAGAUUUUCAACAACAAUGGAUCAGCUGAAUUUUCUGUGACAACUAAUGAAACCUUUCGCAUCACUCCAGAGCAUAUUGGCUCUCAGCUGCUACUGAAAUUGAAGAGAAUGGCAGAAGACUAUCUUGGCGUGCCCGUUUCGAAGGCAGUCAUCUCUGUGCCGGCAGAGUUUGAUGAAAGGCAACGGAAUUCUACCAUUAAGGCAGCUAACCUUGCAGGGCUAAAUGUUUUGAGAGUAAUCAGUGAACCCACAGCUGCAGCUAUGGCUUAUGGACUCCACAAAGCCGACGUGUUUAAUGUUCUGGUGGUGGAUUUGGGUGGAGGAACUUUGGAUGUGUCUCUGUUGAACAAGCAGGGAGGGAUGUUCCUCACACGAGCCAUGGCAGGUAACAACAAACUUGGAGGACAGGAUUUUAAUCAGAGGUUGAUGCUGUAUUUAUAUGAUCAGCUCCAUCAAAUGUAUGGUUCUCUGCCAACAAGAAAAGAAGAAACACAUCGUCUCAGACAGGCUGUGGAAGCAGUUAAAUUAAAUCUGACUGUUCACGAGGCAGCUACACUAAGGGUGUUGUUGACUAUGCCAGAAAGGAAGCUUAUAAAAGAACUUCCAGAAAGUGAGGUAAAAACAAACACUGUGCUAAAAGGCAAGCCUUCACAAAGAACAAAAGAGCUGAAAAAUCUUGGAGACACUUCAAAAGUAGAGAACAACUUUGUGAAAGUUGUGUUUGAAACAGAAAUCUCUAGGAAACUAUUUGAGAUGUUAAAUGAGGACCUUUUUGAGAAGAUUCUUGUGCCCAUUGAACAAGUGUUGAAGGAAGGCCACCUACGCAAAGCAGAAGUAGAUGAAAUUGUGUUAGUUGGAGGCUCCACCCGGAUUCCUCAAAUACGCAAAGUUAUUCGGGAUUUCUUUGGAAAGGAACCUAACACCUCGGUAGAUCCUGAUCUAGCAGUUGUAAUGGGUGUAGCUAUCCAAGCAGGAAUUGUUGGUGGGUCCUGGCCUCUUCAAGUCAGCGCUAUAGAAAUUCCUAAUAAGCAUUUACGGAAGACUAAUUUUAACUGAAAAGAAACUCUUCCCCAUUGCAUUCCAUCUCUUCGAAAGUGUACUCAGAUGGUGCAUACUUAUCUGACUGGCAGUGGACCCUAAUCUUAGCCGUAUUAUAUUAAUUUUUUAUCUGUUCCAGUUAGGUGUUACUGGACACCUAACUGUGUUAAAGUUAGAUGUUACUUUAAAGGUACGAGUGAUUUUUGAAGUUCUGAAAUGUCCUGUAUUUGCUUGUAGAUUGAAUAUUGGAUGAAAAUGCUAGUGAUGACACACCCACAUUUUCUUGCUAAAUUUUAUUAGCAAACCCUGAAGAGGUGUAUGUUUAAAAUACAAAGGGAGUGUGACCAAAGGUUAGUGAUAACAUGGUAUGGUACUGUAGGUAUUCCCAGGUCCAGUAUAUUUACUUUGAAAGAAUGUGAAGCAGCGUUAAUGCACAUAGCACUAGCAGUGCUGAGCUUAAAUUUAUUUAUUAAAUUGAGUCAUUUGAGCAUUUAAGCACCUUUCUAAAAGGCAUGUUGCAGCUUGAAUGAGACUUAUGCAUUCACUUGAUUCUUUGCUGUUCAUAACAGCAUAAUGGUAUUACUGAGGCAAUAUGGCAAACUGUCUCACGUUUCAGCUGAACCAUUUUAAGAAACGUAGCUCUUGCUAAUGUAGAGUUACUUAGUGUGUCUCCAAGGGCUUUACUUCCUGAUCUGGUUUUGAUGGUUAAUGUACAGGUGCUGCUGUCAUACCACUGAUGUUCUCCACGGAGAACAAGGGCAUAUUGCCAAAUAUUUAUACCUCCCCACGCCUUAUUUGAAAACUUCAGUAGUUUUCUGUAUCUUAAAGCUACACCUGGAUAUCUUCCCUUGAAUUUGACCAACACCAAUUUCAUUGUGCGUCUACAAGUGUGUGACAUCUGUCCCCUGGAGUACCCCAAGCCGUACUGUUCUUGGGGAGAAAGUGUGGGACAGAAGGGACUGCCUGGAUAAAGUCGAGUUACUGUUGUCCUAGUAAAUGAAAAUUCACCCAACUAUUUUGUACUUUUUAGCUCACAUCUCUGGUUUAAGUUUUAUCAUAUCCCAACUCUAAACUGAACAUAGGUCAGAGAUUGUAGCUGUUUUGGGAAGGAAGCAGUGUGUGUAACUCGGGAUUUGAGGUAGCACUUCUUGGGACUUUAUUUUAGGCAAAUAGUUUGCUACCCAGCUAUCUAGCAAAUGCAUGAGAAGGAAAAAAUUAAUGAUCUGAAAAAAAAAAAAUUGGUGUCAGUUCUGCUCUCUUUAGAGAGUUAAAUCAAUGCUUAAAGGCCAGUUGAGUUAUAUUGUCUGUGCAGGACUUUCUACAGUGAAAACACUUCAUUCAGCUAAGACUGGCUUCAACAUCCAUCAACCCAGUCUUAAUCAGGUAAGCUCUAGUAACAGGUGGUUGGUUCUAAGCAUUUUCUUGUAUUCUCCAGAAUAAUUUUGAUUGUAUUAAGCUUGCCAAGGUAAAGUGUGGGGCUUAGAUUUAUUGUUUAACCUAUGACUAUAUUAAAAUAGGCCUAUUCUCCUGGCAGUAGGCCUGAUUUAUGGCACUGCCAUAAAUCAAUUGUGCUGAUUCAGCUGUUUGCAUAGCUAUUGUCUAAACAUAUCUUUGAAGUAAUCCAGUUAAAAACCUCUUAAAUUGAAUCAUAGUUGCACACAACCAUUCCAUCAGCAUUGCUUAACUUCACAGAGGAUUCCAAAAAUACUGCUAACACCUGUUCCGUUUCACUGAGUUGAAAACCAAAGUGAUUUUUUUAUUUGAGGAUUUUUUUUCCUUUGUACCUCUUUGAAAGUGACCCUGUCUAAGUCUGUAUGGAAAUUCCAGUAACUAAAACUCCUGCGUGAAAGAAGUGCCUCUUCAGUGAAAUCAUGGAUGAAUGCCAAUAUACAGUACAGUUCUCAUACAUGGUUGCUAUUUGGGGCCUUUGCUUUGCAGAUAUAAAUAUAUAUGUAUUUAAUUUAACAUAUAUUCCAAUGUCUUUGGAGUCAUUGUGGCCUUUCCUUCUGCCCUGCUGUAAAUUCAUCUCAAAGUCUACUGGAGUUACAAUAGGUCUUUAGUCUUCAUUUUUUUUAAUGCACUCUGUAAAAUGAGCAGACCUAUGUAAAAACAGAACCACAUGACAGUGAAGUUAAACUGUUAAACUCUCAAUGCAAAUAAAUGAAGUACUACUUUUGUUUUGCAUACUCCUUCACUCUGGAGGAGUUAAAUCUCCUUCAGUAUUAAUCUGGGAAUAGUAAGGGAGGGGUGAGUUGUUUACUUGUAAAAAAAAAAAAUUACACAAAAGCAUAUUUAUUCAGAUUUCUAUACAGAUUUUUUUGAGUAAAGUUACUGUACGUUGGAUAUCUCACAAUGCAUCCUUAUUUAUUAAGUAACUUUUCUGAAUUCUGUAAUCAAGUUAUUUAUUUUGUAUCUUUUGAUUUUAAUACUGUAUUUUGGCACGAACCAUUGAAUUUUAGAGAUGAGUCCACUGUACUAAGUGGGUAUUUCCAGGUAUGCACGUGUACUGCUUACCAAAAGUCUCUCUUUAAACAAAUUAGUAUUUGAGGACUGAAAUCUUUCUAAAAACAAGCCUUGAAAUGUGAGUAUGAUUUCCUGUGGUGUUUGGUGUGUAACAAAUUUAUAUAGCUAAAGCUUGUUUUGUGAGUUGAAAUUCUGAAGUACAAGAUGCCUCACCAAUUGUAUCUUCCUGAAUUGUUUCCAAGUGCAGAUGAUGAAAUGCAUUUUAUAAAUAACCUUUUAGAAUGUUUUUAAUAAAAGCAAUUUCUGUCCCUUG